CGUCUUGGAGCGAACCGUGCGUCAGUUUGGGAGUAGUUUGUGGAGAUUUUUGAGCGGACCCCACCUACUUUAACACUGGACUGGAUUCUGUGAAACUGUGGGAUGAUGAUGUGCACACCUAGGUAUGCAGCAGAGUGUUCCAAGGAGCAGCCAUGUCCACUCUGUACCCAUCUCUGGAGGACCUGAAGAUGGACCAAGCCAUUCAGGCCCAGGCCAGAGCCGCGCCCAGGAUGCCCACCCUGCCAGUCUCCCAGCCUUCAGUUUUGUACCCAAGCCUGGCAGAAUUGGAAAAUUAUAUGGGUCUUUCCCUCUCCAGCCAAGAAGUCCAGCAGAACCUGCUUCAGAUUCCAGAAGGUGCUAGUAUGGCAGGCUGUGGCCCCCUGCCAGGCCAGCUCGUGGCACCAGUGACUGGGAACAGCCAGGGUACACGGCGUGCAGAGAUCAAGCCUGGCAUACGUGAGAUCCACCUGUGCAAGGAUGAGCGUGGCAAGACGGGCCUGAGGCUAAAGGCCAUCGACCAGGGGCUCUUUGUGCAGCUGGUGAAGGCCAACAGCCCCGCGUCUCUGGUGGGCCUGCGCUUUGGAGAUCAGAUCCUGCAGAUUGACGGGUGUGACUGUGCCGGGUGGGGCACGGACAGAGCCCACCGGGUGCUGAAGAGGGCGUCGGCGGAGAAGAUCGUCAUGGUCGUUCGGGACAGGCCCUUCCAGCGGACCGUCACUAUGCACAAGGACAGCAUGGGCCACAUUGGAUUUGUCAUCAAGAAGGGAAGGGUCAUCUCUGUGGUCAAAGGGAGCUCUGCAGCCCGCAACGGGCUCCUCACCAACCACUCCGUGUGCGAGGUGAACGGGCAGAACGUCAUCGGGCUAAAGGACAAAGACGUCACAGAGAUUCUGGCAACAGCCGGGAACGUUGUCACCUUGACCAUCAUCCCUACCAUGAUCUACCAGCACAUGGUCAAAAAGUUGUCCCCAGUCCUGCUCCACCACGCCAUGGACCACUCGAUCCCAGAUGCCUGAAGCCAGCAGGGGGCGGUGGGGGGGGCAGCUCAGCCCUCCCACCCGCCUUCGGGAGAGCAGCGUCCGCCCGCCUGGGACAGG